AUGCCAAAUAAAAAAAAUAUUGAAAAAAAUGAUAAAACUGAUGAAAAUAUGAAAAGCAAAACAGUAAAUGGAUCUAACAAUAAAUCAAAAAUUCCAGAAAAAAAAAAUAGUUUAAGAAAUAGUAUUGAUAGUAACACACGAGAUAAUGUAAAAAUGAAUAAGAAUGAAAAAGGAGAUGCUAAUGAUCAAAAAAAAAAAAAUAUAACAAACAAUAAAAUAAAAACUGGUAGACAUAAUUACAGUAAUAGUAGUAGUAACAUAACUAAAAGUAGUGAUGAUUCAAAUAAAAAAAAUAAAAAUGCAAGUUCAAUAACUUCAGAUGAUAAAUCAAAAGAAUAUUCAGAACCAGUGACACGUAAUAGUUUAAAAAGAAAUAGUAGUUUAUUAAAAAAUGUGAAAAAAAAAAAUAGUAAUAUAUCAAAGAAUGACUCAGACGAUGAUAUGCUUAGCGAUGAUAAUUAUGAGCAAUCGAAAAAUUUGAAAAAUAAAAAUAAAUCAAAUAAUUGUGAUAGUGAAACAUUGAAAAAGCAAUCUAAUAAAAAAGAUGCAACAAAAAAAAGUCUUAUAAAUAAUAAAAAAAAUGCAAAAGGAAAAAAUGAAAACGAUUAUUCUUCUUCCGAAGAUGAUAGAAAUAAAAAAGGUAAAGACAGAAGAAAUGGAAAUAGUAGGUAUAGGGGAAAAGCCAUUGUAGAAAGUGACGACGAAGAAGAAGAGGAAGAAGAGGAAGAAGAAGAGGAGGAGGAGGAAGAUGAGGAAGAAGAAGAAGAAGAGGAGGAGGAAGAAGAGGAAGAGGACGAUGAAAGUGAUGAAGGAUAUAAGCGAGGGCGAUCAAGUAGAUUAAGUAGAUCUAAAAAUAUAAAAAAUAAAAAAAAUGUAAAAAAUGUAAUAAAUAGAAAUAGUAGAAAUAGCAAAUUGUUGAAAAAAAAUAAGAAUAUAAAAUCUGGCAAAGAUAAAGGAGUGUCUAAUAAUAAAUCUGGAAAAAAUCAAAUAAAAAAUGUAAAAAAUGAGGAAUAUUGUUAUUUUGAUGAUUAUAUAUAUUCAAAUGAAGAAAGAAAAGCAAUUUUAGAGGAGAGAGAAAAAAAAAGACAAAUAAAAGAAGGAUAUAUAAAACAAAUGAAAUUAAAUAAAUAUGCAGAUGAUGAAAAAAUAGAAUUUAUUAAUAAUCCUAAUUAUAUUAUGGUAUUAUUAUUUUUAACUAUAUAUAAAAAUAUUAUAAAAAUUGAUUGGAAUUUUAAAGAUAUUGAUGAAAUGUUUCAAAAUAAAGAAAAUACAGAGUUUGGACGGAAUUUAAUUUUAAAAUUGUUUUUUCUUUUGGGUCGUUAUUUUAAUUCUAAAUCAGUUUUUAUGUAUAAAUAUAUAUCCCGAAUAUUUCAGGAUAAACAAAAUGCCUUAGUAAAGGUUGUUAAUUUUAAUGAAUUAUUUCCAUUAUUGAAUGAGAAGCAAAAUGAUAAAAAUGGAUCAGGGGGUAAUUCAAAAAAAAGAAAAGAUAAGCGAGGUAAAAAAAAUAAAAACUUAGUAAAAACGGACGGAAUGGAUGAAGAGCUUGCAGAACAUGAUGACCCAAACGAUGAUGCAAACGAUGAUGCAAAUGAAUUUGAUGAAGAUGUUCUAACACAUGAAGAGGAAGGAGAAGAAUAUGAUGAGUCAGAAGAUGAAGAACAACAUAAUGAAGUAAAAGAGCAUAGUGAAAAUGAGCAAACCCUUUCCGACGGUGAAAAAGGUAGUAACAUUGUUAAGGAAGAAAAUAAUAUUGAUAAGAAAGAAGAUGAAGUAAAUUGUAAGGAUUCAUUAGGAUUAGAACAUAAUAUAAAGAAUGAAAUUAAGAAUAAUGAUGAGUCAAAAACCGAGAUAGUAACAGAUCAGGUAAUAAAAUCAGAACAAACACAAGAUGAAACAGGAUUAAGUAAGAAGUUAUUUUUAGAAUGGAGUGAUUUAAGUAUAAUAUCAAAAUUAAGAAUAAUUCGAAUGUUAUUAAAUUUGGUUUUAUGUGAAAGUAAUAAUUUAAAAAAAAUGUUAUUAACUGAAGAAGUAAAUUAUAAUAAUGGAUAUUUAGGUAAAAUUAAUAAUGAUAAAUAUUGGUUUAUAUUUAAUGAUACAAUUAGUAUUGAAUUUAAAUUAUAUGUAGAAAGAGAAGAGCAAGGUAUAUUUGAAUUUGUUUGUGACAAUGAUGAUGUAUUAUAUACGAUAGGAUAUAAUAUGUUGAGACAUGCUGAUACAAAAUUUAUGGGAGAUAUAAUAAUUGAAAGAUAUAAUAAAAUAUGUAGAGAAAGAAGAAAUAGAAAUCGAAUAUUAAAACAACAAAAGAAAUUAUAUGAUGAUUUAAAUAAUGAACAAUUAUUAUAUGCUUCUAAAAAAAGACAACAUAAACAAGUUGAGCAUUUCAGUUUUGAUAAUGAUAAAAUGAGGAGAAAAAAAAAUGAAAAUAUUAUUACUAAUCCUUAUUCUUUACAAAAAACAUCUUAUCAAAAAAAUGAUAGAUCAUAUAGAUUAGCAACUAGAAAUGCACAAAAAGAGAAUGUAGAUGAUUUUGAAAAUUGGAAGAAUGGAGGAAAUAUAAAUGGUAAUACCUCAGGAAUAGAUAAUAAUAUAAAUGAUAAUCAAAUGGUAGGAUUAAAUACUAUGAUUGAUAAUACUAAUUAUCCGAUUGUUAAUGAUGUAAACAAUUUGAAUGGUGGUGUAGUUGUAAAAGUGCCAUUAAAAAGAGGAAGAAAAAAAAAAUCGGAAAAAAAAAAACGUGGUAGAAAAAAAAAAAUAAUAAUUGAAGAAGGUAUGGAUCCAAAUAAUCCUAUACCAAAUGAAAUAAAAAAACCAGUAAAAGUAAAAAGAGCACCCUAUACAAAAAGAGCUAGUAAACCAAUUGUUUCAAUAAAAUAUGGUACACGUAGUAAUUCAUUAACAAAAUAUGAUGCAGAUCAAAUGCAAUUUAGUGGAUAUGGUAUGAAUAAUCAUGGUUUGCAAAAUGAUGAAUUUUAUAAAAAUAAUAAUAUAGAUAAUAGUAAAUUUUUUAAUCCUAAUAUGCAUAUAAAUAAUUUUUUUAAUCCUAAUAUGCCAGGAGCAUAUAAUAUGCAUGAUAAUAUAAUUAAUAUGAGGAAUCAAAAAACGAUUCCUCCAAAUAAUUAUAAUUUUCCAUAUAUAUAUAAUCCAUCUAUGUAUAAUCAAUAUUACAUGUAUAACGGAUCGAUGUAUAUGUAUAAUGCUGGAAUGAAUGGUAAUCCAAAUACUAUUAAAGAUGACAAAACUGAAAAUGGAUACACGGAUGAUACAAUGGGAGUAAACUUAAGGAAUGGGAUAGUACAAAAUGGCAAUAAUAAUACAAUAAGAAAUGACAAUGAGAAUGAAAAGGUUACUAUUUCUGAGAAUGGAAAUGAAGUGGGAGACGUGGCAAAUGUAAACCGACCAAAUAAUGAAAAUAAUAACAUCGAUCCAAAUAGUAAUAAAAGUAAUGAAAAUGAAAAUAAUGUAAAUUAUAAUGAUUCUAUUAAUAAAUAUAAUUCUUUUAUGUCAGACCGAAAUAAUAAUUCAGUAAAUAAUAUGAAUGGGUCACCUAUGUAUAACAAUAUGUAUAAUUUAAAAUAUCCAUAUGCAAAUAAUGAUAUGAUGAAUUAUAAUUAUAAUUUAAAUAAUUAUCAAAAUUAUAAUUUCGAUAAAAUGAAUAAGAAUAUGUAUAAGAGAUUUCCUAAUUAUAUUCCAAAUAAUUUUACUCCUUAUAAUAAUAUGAGCAUGUAUCCAGGGUUUAAUUCAUAUAACAUGAAUUAUCAAGGUGGUCAGCCAGGUCAAGUUUUAAAAAACUUUGGUAAUGAGACAGGUGGGUUUCCAGAAAUGAAUGAAAAUAAUUUAACUGCGACAAAUAAUAGUAGUGGUGAAAUAAUGAAUGGAGUAGAAAAUAUUUCUAAAAUAAAUGAGGUUAAUAAUUUGAAUAGAAUGGGAAAUAUGGCUAGUACUCCAAAUGUUAGAACAAUACCAGAUUUGAAUAAUAAAGGAGGUAUAAUAAAUAUAAAUCAACAAGAAAAUAAUUCAAACAAUAUUAAUAAUGAGCUUAUGAAGAAUGAUGGUAUAUUAUAUGUAAAUGAAAUAUCAAAUAAAUCUGACUACAUAUUAAAUCAUGAAACUAAUCAAAUAGGUGAUCCAAAUGGUAUAAAUGUUGAUACAACAAAUAAUGAGACUAGUCUAUCAAUGGAAAAGAGUACUAGAGACAUUGAUGGAAGUGGAAUUUAA